CAGGGAGGCAGGCCCUCAAGAUGGCGAUGCUGGCGGAGCCCCGUAGAAAGCAGAAGUGGUCUGUGGAUCCACGGAAUAGCACUUGGAGUAAAGAUGAAUCCAAAUUUGGGCAGAAGAUGCUGGAAAAGAUGGGCUGGUCCAAAGGAAAGGGUCUUGGGGCUCAGGAGCAAGGAAAUACAGAACAUAUCAAGGUUCAGGUGAAAAACAACACACUGGGGUUAGGAGCAACCAUCAAUUACGAGGACAACUGGAUUGCUCAUCAGGAUGACUUCAACCAGCUUCUGGCUGAACUGAACGAUUGCCAUGGACAGGGUGAAACAGAGUCCUCAGUGAACAAUCAGAAGAAGACAUUCAGUCUCGAAGAAAAAUCCAAAUCUUCUAAGAAACGUGUCCACUAUAUGAAGUUUGCGAAAGGUAAAGAGGAGUUUUGCUGUUUC